AUGCAGGGCUGUGUGGUGAGGAGCUGGGCUCCUCUGGGCCUGCUCCUGGUCUGUCUUCAUCUCCCAGGCCUUUUUUCCCGGAGCAUCAAUGUGGUGGAGGAGAAAGCCCCCCAGCACCCAGGAACAGACUUGCCUCUGCCAGCACAACCUCCGUUGACCAGCCCCUCAAACUCUGAGCAUCCUCAGCCCCAACCUGACCCCGUCCCUAAGGAUCUCACAAGGGCUCCUCUGGCGUUCAGUGCUUCUCCAUCAGAUGGUCUCCAGCCUGCAGAAGGUCCUGAAGGUCAGGGGUGGCCCCUGCCUGAGGAGAUGCCCUUUGUGGAAUCCUGGUCCUCCGAAGAUCCUUGGCAGAUGAUGAUGGCUGCGGAUGAGGACUAUGCAGAGGAAGCCCUGCCCGAGGAGCUGUCUUUUCUUUCUGGUGCCACAGGCAGCGGACCUGCAGGGUCCUCUGACACUGCCAGUCUCCCCCUGGAUUCUGACUCUAAGCACCCAUCCCGUUCCAACGUGCCUGGAGCUUUGGAACCAACUCGUGCCCAGAGUCCUUUCUGGUCUUUCAUCAAUAAGAUUCGACAGACACUCUUGUCUGGUCGCCCCUGUGGGAUCCUGAAUCCCAGGGUACCUGUGAGAGGUGGAGGCCCUGGAACUGGAUGGGGAACCAGGCCCAUGCCAAACCCUGUGGGAAUCGGGGGCAUCAACAAUCAAUACCCAGGUACUGCCUGGGGGAAUAUUAAUAAGAUUCCAGGUACCAGCUGGGGGAAUAUUAAUAAGAUUCCAGGUACCAGCUGGGGGAAUAUUAAUAAGAUUCCAGGUACCAGCUGGGGGAAUAUUAAUAAGAUUCCAGGUACCAGCUGGGGGAAUAUUAAUAAGAUUCCAGGUUCCAGCUGGGGGAAUGUUAAUGGGAUUCCAGGUUCCAUCUGGGGGAAUAUUAAUAAGAUUCCAGGUUCCAGCUGGGGAAAUAUUAAUGGGAUUCCAGGUACCAUCUGGGGGAAUAUUAAUCGGCUUCCAGGAGGCAUCUGGGGAAAUAUUAAUGGGAUUCCAGGAGGUAACUGGGGAAAUAUUAAUCGGUUUCCAGGAGGCAUCUGGGGAAAUAUUAAUCGUUUUCCAGGUACUAACUGGGGUCCUCUGCAGCCAGUUAUUAACAAAUUACCUCCUGGAGUUUUUCGCCCUCCCAGCUCUUCUUUGAACAUUCCAGCUGGCUUGCCCCAGUCUAAAGGCCCUGCAUCAGAGUAAGGUUAGAAUGACAGCAGAGGCAAUUCUAAGUUUGAAGUCAGAGAAGGGGUUCCUGUUCCCCAUUUUCACAGGAGCUAAUUCCAGAUUCAAUCUGCAUAUUUCCAGCCUCAUCUCCACAUUCACAGCCUUCCUUG